GCGGAGCUAGGUGCAGUUGCAAGUGCAGGUGUAGGUGCGAGACCAGGACGGGGCUAAAUAGGUGGGGCGCAGCCAACGCAAGAAAAGGAAAUCGAGACAGGGUGAAGAGUGGGGGUGGGAAUGAGAGAAGCGGGUAGAGCAAAGAACAAGGGUGAAGUUAGAUAAAGGGGCGCGACGAGGAGGCGGGGCGAAACCAGAGGCAGGGGCGUGGCCAGGAGCAGCGGUAGGGCAGGACCUUCAAGAAGUAGCAGAGGUGGAAUCCAGAAUAGGAGCAGAUGCAGGGCCAGGGGCGGAAUCGAGCAAAGGCGGAGACAGCAGCAAGCGAGAAGCAAGAGCCGGGGCGGGACCUGGAGUAAGUGCAGGGGCGGAGCCAGGAGCAGGGGCUGGGAGAAGUGCAGGAGUUAGAAGGGAUCUCAAGGCUUUCCCCGCGCGCAGUCUUGAUGGCGACUGUUGACCCCAGCAUUCUCCAGGUUCGAGCUAAACGUUGUAACCUGCCCCAAGAUGUCUGCUGCUGGCCCUGUGUGGCCAAGACUCCAAGUCCUGAGGGCGCUGUGGGCACUGCUGGCGGUGCUAUUGGCACCGUGGAGGCUGUGGGCAAUUGAGGAUAUCCAGAAGUGCUCCUGGCAGGUUGCCCUGAACAAGUUCCAGACGAUAGGCAAGAACCUCGGGAGGGACCGCUUCUUCUAUCAAGAACCCCUAGGCACAGUGGACAGCUUGUUCAGCCAACCGGUGGACUCACGCUUUGACCUGAAUAAGGAAUACCUGAUUUUCCCUUAUUUCCUGAAGAUCAACUACUCCUGUGAGGGAGAGUCUUCAGAGGCCCUGGUCCGCAAGGGCUACCUGACGGGACUGAAGCCCAUGGUGCUGGUUACCUUCCAGUCCCCAGUCAACUUCCAUCACUGGAAGAUAGAGCAGCUGCAGAUUCAGAUGGAGGGAGUCCCCUUCCGCAGCAAAGAGCCGUGCAAUGCAGAGGUGUGUGUUAUGAGCUGGUACACACCCAUGCCCAUCAAGAAUGGCAGCGUGGUCAUGUAUGUGGACAUCAGCAGCAAUGGCCUGGGGCCCUUUAUUCCUAAUCAAAGGUUUCAGGUGAACAUCAAUGGCUUCCUGCAGAGAACAAGAGACGACACGCUCCAGUUCACUGUGGGAAAUGAGCUCUACGAGCUGAUACCCCGGUACUUUGUGAAUGCCCCAUCGAGGCCUCUGUGGUACACCGAGGAGCAGGCACCAGUGCUCAUCCUGGGUGGCAUUCCUGAGAAGAAGCUCAUCUUGCUGACUGACACCAGCUUCAAGGACUUCUUUCUUGUGGAGUUGAGCAUUGACAGUUGCUGGGUAAGCUCCUUCCACUGCUCCCAGGCCAGCUUCACCGCCACCAUCUAUGAUGCCAUCGCCACUGAGAGCACUCUCUUCAUUCGACAGAACCAGCUCGUCUACUAUUUUACAGGCACCUAUAUCACACUCCACGAGGGCAACCACAGCAGUGGGAGCUGGGUUCGUGUCUUGGCCAACGAGUGCAUCAAGAAACUAUGCCCUGUGCAUUUCCAUGGCAAUGGCUCUGAGUACAUCAUGGCCCUUACCACUGGCAAGCACGAAGGUUACGUUCACUUUGGGACCAUCACAGAUGGCCGUGUGUCCUUCGAGUUGCUGCCCAGGCAGUGGUCCGUGUGUGAAGGCAUACAAGAUAUCCAGCUCCCAGUUGCGUCUGCAGAGGUUGUCAUAUGCUCCAUAACCUGGGCCACAUUCAUUGCGGACAACUACAGCCUACUGUUGUUGGUGGAAAUCGAAGACUCCAAGAAGUAUUUCCAGGUGGUCAGCUACGACCUGGUCAGUGAUUACCUGGCUAUCCUCUACACCAUCCCAGAAUUCAUCCCUGAUGCUCGAGGCCUGGAGUUCCUAACGAUCCUAGGGACAGAGUCUUACACCAACCAUCCAAUGGUACCUACAGGCAUGUCCUACAACCCCUACAACAACCUGCUGUUCAUCUGGGGCAACUUCCUUCUGAGCAGCUAUAACACCGAAAACUACAUCUACCUGGCGGGCUUCCCCAAGGAGCAAUCCAUCAAGUACUUGGUCAACUCGUUCCAUGGGGAUGUAGCUAUUGUCACAGAGACUGAGGAGAUAUGGUACCUCGUGGAGGGCAGCUACCAGGUGCACAAGCUGUUCCCAUCCAAGGGCUGGGAGGUGUACAUCAGCCUACAAGUGAUGCACCAGUCCUCUCUCCAUGCCCCCAACGAGACCAUGGUCACUCUCUUCUAUGAAGACAGCAAACUGUACCAGCUGGUGUACCUUAUGAAGUACAAGAAGAGCCAACUCGUCAAGAGGCUUGUGCCUGUGGAACAGCUUCUGAUAUAUGAGAAGCUCAACAAUGAUUACCUCUUGGAGCGGCAAGGGGGCCACCUGACGCUCUCCUUCACCAACUUCUGCCCCUUCACGGUGAUGCGCCUGCGGGACCUGCCCAACCCACAGAUAUACACGCGCCAGGAGCUCUACCGCGCGCCGCCCCCACAUGUCCUGGACCCAUCGGGCCUCCACAACGAGGACUCGCUCGCCGUCUAUCAGGGCCUCCUCUACUACCUGCUUUGGCUGCACUCCCAGUACGACGAGCCUUACGCGGACUCGGUGCGCGACUCCACCUGGCGAUGGUGGAAAAACAAGAAACAGGACCAGGAUUACUACUUUUACCUGGCGAGCAACGGGCGGGGCACGGGUAACAUGCACAUUGACAUGGCCAGCUAUGAAAAGAUCUACGACCUCAAGGCCAAGUACGAGCUACCCAAGCGCAUCUUCCUGGACAAGGGCACCAGCUACAGCUUCUCCAUCUUCCUGACGGCCCGGGGGCACUCGUACCAGGCGGAGCCUGGGCGCGAAGGCACCACCUACCAGCUGCGGAGCCAAGUGGACCUGGGCGUGGUGCUGGCAGACCCGAACUGCAUUAAGGUGGUGGUGAAAGAGAAGGUCUUUGUUAAUUACAACUCGCUGCUUUUCUGGGUUACGCUCAGUGAUAAGAGGUUUUGCUUUGAUCAGGGCAUUAGUGGACAUCACCUCAUGAAGACCUCCAUCCUGGUCAAGGUAGUGGGCUCCACCGGGCACUGCUUCCAGGACACGCACCAAGGGCCCCGCAUGCAAGGCAACCUGAUGGUGCCGGUGCUUAUCGGCUGCCCCCCCGGCAAGCGCCUGGCCUUCGACACCACCUACACGCUGGAGUACAACCGCCUGAAGAAUAAACAGUACUUUGACUGUGUGCACGUUGACCCCGAGAUACCGUGCUUCUUCUUCCGUGACAGUGCGUGCCCAGUUUGCUCCCCUCCAUUGUUCACUGUCCUCUACGCCCACCCCUUGGCCCUGCUCGCUCACCUCCCCACCCAUCCUCUGCUCUUUCCCUCGGGGCGCUCAUCUCUCCUUCCUCCCCUCCCCGUCGUCCUCUACUGCUCGGGCCAUGCUAAUUUCUUCCUGUCCUGGCCUCACCCCCACUACCCCGCAGUCUUCUACCCCUUCUUCUUGAUCCAAGAUUUGGUGACGGGAGAUUCUAGCAGUUUUCAGGGCAGCUACGUGCUGAAGGUGGUGGGUGGAGGGCCCACCCUGGACACCAUCAGGGAGUACAGCGAGGAGGAGAUUUACCGCUUCAACAGCCCCCUGGACAAGACCGACAGUCUCAUCUGGACUACAAAGAACACAACUACUACCAAAGACUCAGUCUUCAACAUCAUGUCCCACCAGAGCCUGGGCAUUGAGUGGCUGUGUCUGGAGAACUCCCCGUGCCAUGACACGGUUCCCCAAAGCUUCUUUGCCCCCGAAUUCUUCUUCAAGGUGUUGGUGAGCAAUAGAGGCGUGGACAAGAGCACAUACUGUGACUACCAGCUCAUCUUUCUGCUGCAUAUCCACGGGCUCCCACUCAGUGCCAAGAGGGCCCUCUUCAUCCUCAGGGUGUCAGUCACCGUGUCUGUCAGCGUGGUGAUCCUCUACAUCAGCUGCUGCCUCCUGUUGCCCCUUACGGUGAAGGCCUGCAACAUUCUUCGCUGGAAGAUCAACAACAUCAUCACCUCAGAAUCCUAUUACACCCACACCUCCCCUUCCAAAGUCUUCAGCAGCCCAUCAGGGACCAAAUCUGGGAGCAACCUCAGUGUCAGCUCCCAUGGCCUCUCCAUGGUGGCAAAGGAGAAGGCGGCUGCAUCUGAGGAAGCCUUGAAGAAAUUGACCUGAGCCUCUUGUCUGCCUCAUCCCGACCCAUCUCAUCCCUCACUUCCUGGGCCAUCUGAGAAAUGCAACCUGUCACCCAUCCCAAGCCUUUCUUUCUGUUUAGCUUGAAUUUUCACUUCUCCUUCGGACCUGAGUAAAGCCUCAUUUCAGGACCACCUGUGAGUCCUUGUAAGGGCUCACGUCCAGUUAAAUUAGUUUGUACCACAAAGCCACAAUAGGUCAUUAAAACACCAAAAGGUCUUUCUGUGCCAGCUGGUAAAUAGCCGCUUCUCUGUGUGCCUGCCAACUCAGCCCCUCCCCAGGUGUCCCCAAGCUCCCUACAGUCCAGUAGAGUCCUCCAUAUACCAGGCCCAUUUCUAUGGCCCUAAGUCUGUUCUGACUGUUCAGUGCCCAGGUUUAAUACCAGUCAUAAAAUAUUUCAAAUGUCAACACCUAUCUAGUGUCUAGGUUAAAGAGGGGACUCUGGAAAGGUUAAGAUUUUUUAGUUUCAAGUAGCAAAAAUUUCACUCAAAUGAUCCAUAUGGAAAUAGUAAUUUAUGGGUUUUGUUAAUCCAGACUUCAGGUACAGUUUGACCCAGAAGUCCUCAGUGUCCCUAGGAUUCUGGCUCUGUUUCUCUGUAGCUAUCCCUGCUUUGAAUGUGCUCUCUGAUCUCAGAGCCUAGCCCCACCUCACAGUCUGAGGCUGCACAUUGACUAUCUUAUUGCCCAAAGAAAGAUGGGGCUGGAGGGCAACAUUCCCAGACAAAGGUCUUAUCAGUCACCGUGACUGGAUGAGGUUGUAUUAUGAGCUUUACCAGUCACACUGGCUGAGGGAUGGGACCUUGAUUGGUUUAAGCCAAUCAGAGCCCAUCCGUGGAGCUGAGGGCAGUUAGUCAUACCCUAAUCUCUUGCUUGUGGGGAAGGGCAAUUCUUAUAAGGAAAGUGAGCUGUCAAGAAGCGGAGAGGGAGACUGAAAGGCAAAACUGCACAUUGUACUCCACCCCAAUAGGAUCGACUCCAGCCCCUCCCUGGAGGUCUUGGGUGAAGUGACUAUGGAGGUUCUCUGACCAGCCUCUUCCACUCCUCCACUCCAGGAUACACAUACUCUGAGGGGACACCAGGGCAGACAGCUGGACCAGUUUGUCCAUGAAGAGACAGCAUAGCUCCAGAGCAGGCAAGGCCAUUGAGAUCAUGUUAUGGAGCUUAGGAAU